UGCUUGCCCACCGCCAUUAAACCAAAGAAGAAGAAGAGCCAACACAUUUGGUGACGUUACAUUCGGUACGUGCCGUAAUCGCAGAGCAAUAUGGAUAGUUAACACAGGUAUCUGUGUUCACGAUGUGUGUUAUUUACUGAACAUUGCCUGGACCUUUGGGGAGUCCUGCUCGGUUCUUACUUAGCCGCUGGUAGGUCAGAAAUGGCACAUUUCAUUCAUUGUAGCUAAUGCUAGUUUAGAGCUAAUGCUAGUCGAGGUGUUGUCAAAUAUGCUCACCUGAGCAAAACCCAUUCGGCUACGUUAACCGUUACAUACGUGCAAUACACUAAACACUGAAUUGUAGUGUUGUUUUUUAUAAGCAAAGCAUACGCUCGUAAGGAAGCUAUUUUACAGUGUAGUUAUUUCAAACGGUCAUGGACUAUGAACACAAGGCAAAGGAGGUGGGCGAGUGUUUGCAGAGCUACAGGGACGAUGCAUCUGGUUGGAAGGUCUGCAAGAAAUCGAAUGACACAGUUGUCUCAUGGCGUCCUUCCUCUGAAUUCCCAGGGAAUGUUUAUAAAGGGGAGGGUGUCAUAAAUGGCAGCCUGGAGAAAGUAUGGGACUGUCUGAAACCGGUACCGAAAGGACGCAGAGUCAACUGGGACAAUAAUGUGAAAAAGUUUGACCUUUUGGAACAAGUCACUGAGGACAUAUCCAUCUGCCGAACUGUCACGCCCUCAGCUGCUAUGGGUAUCAUAUCUCCACGAGACUUUGUAGAUGUUAUUUUAAUUAGGCAACACGAAGAUGGCGCCAUUUCAUCAAAUGCCACUAAUGUGAGUCACCAGGGCUGCCCUCCUCAGUCUGGUUACGUGAGGGGAUUCAACCAUCCUUGUGGCUGCAUAUGUGUCCCCAUAUCAGCUGAACCCAACAAAACCCAGGUGUACACUUUCUUCCAGACAGAUCUUGGUGGCUUACUCCCUCGGUCCGUGGUAGACUCCUUCUUCCCCUCCAGCAUGACAGAGUUCUACACCAAUUUGGCCAAAACUGUUAAAUCUCUCAAGGACGUCUGAAUUAAAAAAUAUGAUCUCAUACUUGUUGCACAAAGCAAUACAAUCAAUAUGAACAGAGAAGCUAACCAUGAGAUUAGUUUAGUAUGUUUACUACAGGUUUGCAUCUUCCUGCUACUGUGUUGUACAUCGUAUACUGUACUGUAGCUACUGUAUUUGUUGCAGGCUCUUCUCUUUUUUAACCCCCUAAGCGAUCUAACGGCCCAGCCGUGAGCCAGCACUUAUUGUAAUGACGAAACGAGGGUUUGACACCACCAGCCUAAGUGUGUCGUCUAUCAUUGGAAAGCUCAAUACCCUGAGAUUUGACUGACUUGCACCAGGAUGAAAUUGUAACCGCAGGCUCCGUGAAUGUUAACGUAGUCUGGACCAUUAACAUAAUUGACACUCACUUUGGAAGCCUCACGGUAAAAGUCAGACAAAAAAAGUAGUAUUGAGCGGACAAUAAUUCAGUAAAUAAUCUCCAGUAAAAUACAGUAAUUAGAACACACCAAUCCUUACAUCCAUAAAAACUAACUAAUCACAGUUGCACACUUGCAUAAUUUUUGUCAGAUAGACAUAGUUUCUACAUAAUAUUGAUUAUAAAUAGCAUGGCAGCAUUAGCCACUCAAAACCACCCUGAACUGUGAACUUUGAAAUGGCGCCUAAACUUCAACUAAUAGAAAACAGUUUACCCUGUUUCUUCCUAGGGGGUUACAACCAAUAAUGUCCGUGCACCAAAAAGUACCAGUCCCUUUUCUGACAUAUGCAGCUAAACUAACUACAUCCAAUUCGAUUUCUGGAGCAUUAAAUAGCCAAUGGAAAUAUAAAAGUAUUGAUAUGCUGGAUGAUGGGUAAACUUUUGAUGCAAGAGCACAGAAGUCGUGCAUAACAAUUUGUCUGCGCAUCAGCAUUAUAAAUAUGAAAUCAGCUUGCUAUCUUUUAAAAACGCCCAAAGCCAUUCCUCUACUCCACAUAUAUUAGAUUAAUGUAUUUUUAUUAUUAUUAUUUUAUUUUUAGGUGUUUUAGCUAAAUAAUGGUAAGGGGUUAAAAGAAAUGUACCUACUUGACAGUCUAAUAGGACUACUAGAAUGAAAACAGGAAUACAAUCUAAUUUCCUCUUAGUAGUCUUAACUGUUGUUUUCUCUAGUGUAUCUCAUACAGAACUGUGCAAUAGUCUUUGGUAAAAGUACAAACCCAGCUUCUUAAACUUUUAUACAGAUUCUUUUGGUAAGAAUCUAGAAAGUGGUGCAAAUACAGUAACAAUAGAAUUGGGGUGUCCCAAUUUGAUAUUGAAAUGGGAUAUUGGUCCGAUAACAGCAAAAAAUCGGAUUAUAUCAGCGUGCAUCUAAAACAUCUGCAAUAAGAACAGGCUGUGUGUUGUACUCUUGCUAACGUCUCUUCUUGCUAGCUUAGCAAACCAAUAACAGAUUGUCUUAAUUUGAGAGCCUUUUCAAAGUAUUUACUUCAAAACAUUCGAAAACUGAACAUAACGAAUUAAAGUAGAGUAUGUCAGUAUAGAUUACAUGCAAUACAAAGUAACUUCUCUGUGACACAGUGGCCCAAGACUUUUGCACAGUACUAUUCAUGCAUGUUGCUUGACCAUUAUAGCCCGGUCAUGGGCAAGCUACAGCUAGCUGUUGCUGGCGACAGGAUUUGUAUUACAAUUUUUAAAUAAUCAUAAGUCAUGAACCAUUUAUGUUGUGAAAAUAAUUCCAACAGUCUCUUAAACAAGAGGCCCUGAGCUUUCCAGUGAUAUACAUGGCGAUACAGUCAUCCAAGGAACUGCAUAACAGCAGCUCUCAGAAGACUGCUUUGUUACAACGGGUUAAGAGUGUGUUUACAAAAAAGCCUGUGUGAUGAAAAGGGACAAAAAAGCAACUUUAAAUGACACAGUUCUGCAGAAAAGUCACAUUUGCUGUUUUACUUAGUUUUCGUGUUUUGUCGCAUGUUUGCCGUGUAUUUGUUGGAUUGCAAACACAUCGAUUCAAACGUCUUCUGGCUGAGCUCGCAGCCAAAUUUAAAACCCAUUUGGGCUGCUGAGUUAAAAAUGUUGCCCAACCCUGAUAUAGGUUGUGUUCACCUGACGUCACGUCUAAACCAUUAAAUAUGCAAGGCACAAAGAGGUGGUUAAGCAACCGUGUAUUGUCAAAGCGUUCUGGGCAGCAUUUAGCCUUUCUUGAAGAAAAACGCCCUAUACUUGUGUUGUUUUAGGCUGUUGGAACCGUUCAGAUCGUGAAAAGGAUACGUUUCUUUAAAGUCCCUUGAAAGGUAAUCAAGAAGGCCGAAAGAGUGCAGCAUUUUACAAAACGAUGACGAGAAACGCUCAAGUUUUCAGUGAUCACUUCAUUAUUAUACUUUUAAUGUUUAGAAUUUCCCAUUUAAGUAUUACCCUGAUAUUUUUGGAGUUCUUAAAAACACACUUUUGUGUAAAGCACCAACUUGGCAAGUCUAAAAGAAAGCAGAUGUGAGCAAAAUCUAAAACAGUUAAGCUUUCACCAAAGGCAGCAAUCUUAAAUGAUGCUUUGAGCACAUAAACAACCUUGAUAUAUAGGUAUAUAGGUAUAUUUUGAUAGAGACUGGGAACACCACGCUUAAUCAAUUUCCUUGGCUCAGCUACACACACAAAAAUUGUAGAACUCCGUGCUUUUCCAAGAUUGAAUCCUUUUUGUCGUGUAGAAUGACGCCUGGAGCACCAGAUAGUUAGUUGGACAUCUUUUUCUGCUAACGUAUAGAGAUGUAUUUCAUUGAAUAGUUAAGAGGUUUUUGCUCAUAUCUCCUUUUUGCAGUAAAAUCUAGGCCCCUUGCACACUGAUAGUUCACACACUGUUUGCUGCACAAUAGCCAUGUUGGUUUGGUUGACCACCACUUCGUUCUCCAGAAGUAAACCGGUCAAAAAAAGUCACGUGACUGAAUACAACCUAUAGCCAGUGCUAAUGUAUAUAUAAUAUCCUAGGCUACAGUGGGUAUAUGUUAAGCCAGGCCAAUUUUUGCAGGUGUAAAAUGAACUCAGAAAUGCUGAUUAUUCACAAAUUCUUUGACGCAUAUUUUACUUUGUUAAAAGUUUUCAAUAGACCUUUCAAGGUUGCAAUGGCUGCUAGCGUCACAAUUUAGAGAGCAAAUAAUUGUGAUAGUUUGUUCCAAGUGCAAGUAAUACACUACAUUCAGGUUGUAUUGUAAAAUGUCCAAAUAAACUUAAAGAAACUGCCUUCACACUUGACCAAACAAACAGUACUAGCAGAGGAGUGGACCAUCCCAAAUUCUACCCAGGUAUAUGCUGGGAGGGGCUCAAUCUGGGCAACUACACGGGUAUUAACUGACACAUACUUCUUUUAUUUUUGAAUAUCAGAAUGAUUCUUAUUGACGCUGAAAUUUAAAGUUCUUGUCCAUCAAGGCCAGACAAGACUGAGUUUACUAUAGUAUUUUGAUGUUGUUAUACUGAACAGAAAGUAAAUUUCCCUGAUUUUUUUUUCCUACCUGAACAGUGUAUUGAAUCGCUUUAGUGCAACUAUUCCCUUUCUAUGUUCUGUUUGUGGCGGGUGUGCCUAAAACUACACAGGAAAAUUAACUUUGGUCAAAGUCUGGCCCUCAAUUGUGAUGCUGUCUUCUUUCUCGUACCUCAGUUCAGUGUUUGCUGUCAUUGUAGUAGGUUAUCAGUUUACCUCAGUCCUGAUUAAUUACUGUGAAUUGAACCAGGGUCCGUUUAUCAUCCUUGAAUAUAAAACAUUAAACUGAAUGGAUUAAACGUCUGGGGUCCAAGGCAAAAUGUUCUGUUUUUUCUUACCUUGUCCUUAUUUUUAUAUUUCUCCUUAAAAACGUGUUUAUCUUGCUUCGGUUAGUUUCACUUUCAAAGUACAACCUCACAUAUGUGAAUGCACUUUCAUUUUGACAUGAAAUAACAUGUUAGGCCAAGAAUGUGACUCCGUUACAAGAGAAAGGGAAAAGUGUAGUUUUUUAACUUUUAAAAUGUCUUAAUUGAACUCUGCUUGUAAGUUUGAAUGCAAAUAAUAAAAUAGCACCAAUUACAUUGACUAAAAAUGUUUGUGACCUUACGUCAUGGAAAAACCUGAAUAAACUUUAUUACUGAGUAGAUGUAUCACUCUUUUCAUCUCUGAUGAUGUGCAGCGAUAUCUGCUCGCAUAACAAUUUACAAUUAGAUUAUUCAAUAUGUCAAUAGUGAAAAUAUUUUUGUUAAACAAUAAAUGAAGAAAAUGUUACAUAAGGUGGAAAAUUUGAUUUUAAUUAUUUGUGUUUUGAUGAAUAGAAAUGCUACAGAAUAAAUUUCACCAAAACAACUAAGAAUUAUUUUACCUUGAUAUAUUUGGCACACUAUAAAUUGUCCAUACAUUAAGUUAAACAAUCUGAUAGUACAUCUUUGCUGAUUAGGCUGUGCAGUGUAAAGCCCUUAAACUAUUGAAGAAUCUGUCUCAAGCAGUGGGGGGACCGCUGAAUGAGGAUCAAUGAUCAGUUAGUAGGAAUUCUGACAAAGAAAUACAAAUAAUGUGCAUCAACAUUUGUCACAGUAGAAGUGCUGACUGGCAUUGAGAAACUAACUCUAGCUCAAAAGUGUUUGACUCCGGAAAUCAAAAUCCAUCA